AUGGGCCAUCUUCUUUCCCACCCGAUUGAAGAUAAGCUGAUCGAGGGCGGCUCCCACUCGCGAGUAUCGUAUGCAGUGGGGGCAAUGCAAGGGUACCGGAUGACGAUGGAGGACGCCCACAGCGUCAAGAUCAACGAGGAAGAACUGGUGGCCAUCUUCGGGGUUUUCGAUGGCCACGGAGGCAAACUGGUGGCCGAGAUCGUCAGUGAAAAGUUGACGCUGCUAUUGUUUCGCCAAUUGAACCACCACCCUUCCAUGUCCCAAAAACAGGUGAUCGAUAUCACCCGGGACCUGUUUCUCCGCAUUGACGCCCAGAUCCACAAGCACGGCCGCUACGAGAACGUCGGCUCCACCGCCAUUGUCGUCAUCGUCUACAAUAAGAAAAUUAUCGUCGCUAACACCGGUGAUUCCCGAGCCGUGUGCUCUAUUAACGGCACCGCCAAGACACUACUGUUUGAUCAUAAGCCCACGGUGAUGGGCGAGCUUGUCCGCAUUGAGAAUGCUAAUGGUUACAUUGCCAACUCGCGAAUAAACGAGAUCCUUGCCCUUUCACGGGCGUUUGGCGACUUCCACUUCAAACACCCGUGGCUCGAUUCCACCCAAAACAAAUAUAUUAUCCAAAACAGGCGAUAUUUCCACAAAGGUAAAGUCGAGCUCCCUCCUGAGCUUUUCAUGGUCACAGCGGAGCCCGACUUCCUUGUCUACGACAUCGAUGCCCACGGCGCGCCUCCCGAAUUCAUUGUUGUCGCUUGUGACGGUAUUUGGGAUUGCUUCAAAAACCUGGAUUUGAUCCGAUUGAUUCGCCACAAGAUUGCCGUCGGCUGGCUGCUCCAAAAGAUUACCGAGCACGUCCUACACGAGCUGUUAACUAAAGCCAAUCUGUAUACUGGCGUUGGCUUCGACAACAUGACGUUGAUCAUCAUUGCCAUCCACCCCAACCAGACGAUGGAAGAUUGGCAACACAUGAUCAGCCACCGAGUGGAGCGGGCCCGAGGCCUUCGCAAAUGA